AUGGUUCACAAGGAGGAGAUAGCUCAUGAGGAGGAGAUAGUUCCCGAGGAGGAGAUGGCUUGCAAGGAGGAGAUGGUUCAUGAGGAGAUGGUUCAUGCAAACAAACAUCAUAAUUUAUCUGAUAUAGUAAUGUUGAUAUUCACAUCAGCACUGCCUGUUUGGCAGCCAGACUGUGGUGGCUCCACUGCCAAUAUGACUGUUGUCACUAUUAUCUUGGGCUCAUUUGUGGUAUAUACCUUCAAGUUGUUGUGUGUGAAGCAGUGGCACAAAGUGGUUUUGAUGGCAAUGCAAUGUGUCAUUAUCAAGUCAUUAUCACAAAAACAUAGACUACAUGAUCAGCACAUCUCAUCACAGUACAUAUAUAGUUUCACUGGGCCUGAACCCCCACCAUUCAUGGUCCCACAUGUUCAAUUUGUGGAAGCCGGCCUUGCAUUGUGCCACAAUCAGGGUGGUAGCAAGCCUGGAGUGAAGACAGGGUCAACACAGGCUAUCUUUCUCCUUGAAGAGCUCAUUGAGGGCAAUGAUGAUAUGUUUGUCAAAUUCAUCCACAAUAUGGAUGCCAAUCCAUUGCUUGAUGAAUUGGACCAUGGUUAUGACAUGGCAGAGUUUUUUGUUUUCAUGCAGCAUGUCCAGUACAUCAAGACCAGCAAGCUAGCUUUCAUAUCUGACUAUCAGGCUGGAAUGACACAAUGUAUUCAGGUAGCACAGUCGAUCAGCAAUGGAUGUGAUAUUUUUGGUGAGGGAAAUAUUGACACAUCUGUCAGCAAAUUUGAAGACCAGCAUGCCUGCAAUGAGUACUGUGAAUGGUUUGGGCUGGAAACAUUUGCGAAGGAAGUGAAUGACAAUGAAGUAGCUGCAAAUGACAAUGAAGUAGCUGCGAAUGACAAUGAAGUAGUUGUAGAAAAUUAG